AUAGGAAGAGCAGAGCCAGAGAUUUUGUUGUAUGGUUUUGAAAUGGCGGUGACAAUGGCAUUGGCAACGGCUACCGGGUCAGCAGAAUGCAGCAGAUGGAGCAUGGCGUCUCUGAAGGCGGCGCUUCCAUCCCUGCCGGAGAGGUGCACCAUUCCUACCGCUUCUUCUUCUUCGGCACCGUGCAGGCAUCGGAGCCUCCGCCUCAGCGUCGGUCUCCGGAAACCCGAGUUCCAAUUCGGGUCUUUCUCGGGUCUCUCUCCCCUUAACCCGCUCCUCUCCCUCGGCCUCUCGGAGUCCAUGUGUUUUGAACACAACUUCACCAUCAUUGACAAUGGUGGUCGUGUCUCUGCCAUGAGACAUGGCAGGAAAGUUCCUAAGCUCAACAGGCCUCCAGACCAGAGGAAAGCCCUUCUUCGAGGCCUCACUACUCAGCUCCUUAAACAUGGACGCAUCAAAACGACUCGAGCAAGGGCAAGUGCCAUGAGGAAGUACGUGGACAAGAUGAUCACACUGGCCAAGGAUGGAUCUCUCCAUAAGAGGAGACAGGCGCUGGGAUAUAUCUAUGAGAAACAGAUCGUCCAUGCUUUGUUUGCUGAGGUACCCGACAGAUAUGGGGAGCGGAAUGGUGGCUAUACAAGAAUCAUCAGAACUCUGCCUAGGCGAGGGGACAAUGCACCCAUGGCAUACAUUGAACUUGUAUAGGUCUCAGAUUCAUGUCAAUUUUGAACUCGUGUCGGUCCGAGUUCUCGUCAAUCUAAUGUUUACGUUGGUUCUCAUCUAAUGGCAUUAAUUCUUAUGGAGACGAGCAUUUCCAGCCUAUGUUGAAGCUUGUUCUCACGUUUUGCAUAUAUUUAUAUCCGUAGACUUGUUCAUCGAUGGGUCAGUUAAUUCGUAUUUACA